AUGAAGUCAAUCCUCUGCGUAGCGGCCCUGUGCCUGUUCCUCGCCCUGGCAGCGGCGCAGGACGAGAAGGCCACCCGAACGGCCUUCACCGCCACCAACGCUCUCAUCACCGACUCCCUUUUCGCAGGCGGCCCCGGCCGAACCUACCGCGCUGACAUCCAGUAUUGGCCCAACUCCGGCGAGGAGGCCAUCUUCUACACCAUCCCCUACACCCUCGCCGGCUCCAGCUCGGGCUCCUUCCAGGUGUUUGAGGACUUCGCCAACAAGCUGCGCUAUGUCCAGUGCUCCGAGUCCUGCCGCGUGGAACCCCUCAACCGUUCCCUCUUCGACCUCACCAACGGUGCCAGCCUCACCUCGGCCACCUACCCGGCUUACGAGCGUGUGUUCAACACCGCCAGCGGUUCGACAUUCGGCUCGCUGGCUGCUCGACCCAACCUUCCGUCGCUGUGCCAGGCCCAGUCGUCGGCCAGCUCGCCUGCCAACUCGUGCAUGCCCUACGGCCUGCCCUGCGGAACGUCGUGCAUCUGCCUCGGCUGCACUGACGGCGACAACUGCACUGUCUCCGACACCUGCGCCGUGAACGACGACAACCAGCUCUACUGCAGCUUCUCCGAGCGUGUGUGCAACUCCACCAGGCCCGCCGUUGUGGCCCUCAAGAAGCACGACGAUGAUGACAAUGAUGCCGUAGCUCUCGGCGUCGGUCUCGGUGUUGGCCUCGGCGUUGGCAUCCCCCUCGUCAUUCUGCUCCUCUUCCUCUGCUGCGUGCUUCCUCUCAUCCUCCUGUCCUACUGCUGCAAGCGCCGUGAGCGUCGUCCCACCGUCGUGAGGACCACCGCCGCCCCUGUCGCCGCUGCCGUCCCCGUCGCUGCUGCGCCUGCCGCCGCUGCCCCCGUGGGCAACCCUUACUACGCUCCUCAGGGCGUCCCCAUGAACAACUCCGCUGGCUACGCUCCUCAGGGUGCUGGCUACGCUCCUCAGGGCGCCACCUACGCCCCGGCCACUUACGCCACCAACGGCCCCAGGACCGGUCUGUAA